AUGUCAGAAUUUGAAAACCAAGCUGAUACAGCUGCCGAAAAUACUCCAGUGGGGGAUUUAUCUCCUGUGGAAUCUAUUAGUAAUUCUGGGAUGUCUACUCCUUCCAAUAAGGAUGACAGAGAUGACGUGAAAGAAUACGUUGAAGAAGAUCCUCAAAUUAUUGCUGAAAUUCCAAAGAAACCAGCUUCUGCCUACGUCACUGUUUCUAUUAUGUGUGUUAUGAUUGCUUUUGGUGGUUUUGUCUUUGGUUGGGAUACUGGUACCAUUUCUGGUUUUGUUGCUCAAACUGAUUUCUUACAAAGAUUUGGUCAACAUCAUAGUAACGGUAAGCAUUACUUAUCUAAGGUUAGAAUGGGUCUUAUUGUUUCUAUCUUCAACAUUGGUUGUGCUGUUGGUGGUAUUAUAUUAUCUAAACUUGGUGAUAUCUAUGGUCGUAAGAUCGGUUUGAUUACUGUUGUUGUCAUUUACGUUAUUGGUAUUAUUAUCCAAAUUGCUUCCGUUAAAGCUUGGUACCAAUAUUUCAUCGGUAGAAUUAUCUCUGGUUUAGGUGUUGGUGGUAUUGCUGUUUUGUCCCCGAUGUUGAUUUCUGAAGUUUCUCCAAAACAUUUGAGAGGUACUUUGGUUUCCUGUUACCAAUUGAUGAUUACCGCUGGUAUUUUCUUAGGUUACUGUACUAACUACGGUACCAAGAACUACUCUAACUCUGUUCAAUGGAGAGUUCCAUUAGGUUUAUGUUUUGCCUGGGCUCUAUUUAUGAUUGGUGGUAUGACUUUUGUUCCAGAAUCUCCACGUUUCUUGGUUGAAGUUGGUAGAAUUGAUGAAGCCAAGCGUUCUGUCGCUAUGUCUAACAAAGUUUCUGUCGAUGAUCCAGCUGUUUUGGGUGAACUUGAAACCCUACAAGCAGGUGUUGAAGCUGAAAAGUUAGCUGGUAACGCUUCUUGGGGUGAAAUUUUCCAAACUAAAACAAAGGUUUUACAACGUCUAAUUAUGGGUUCUAUGAUCCAAUCUCUACAACAAUUGACUGGUGAUAAUUAUUUCUUUUACUAUGGUACCACUGUUUUCACAUCCGUCGGUAUGCAAGAUUCUUUCGAGACCUCCAUUGUCUUAGGUAUUGUUAACUUUGCCUCUACCUUCGUUGGUAUUUUCUUGGUUGAAAGAUAUGGUCGUCGUACUUGUUUACUAUGGGGUGCUGCUACCAUGACUUCCUGUAUGGUUGUCUUUGCUUCUGUUGGUGUCACUAGAUUAUGGCCAAACGGUAAAGACGGUGAAGCUUCCAAGGGUGCUGGUAAUUGUAUGAUUUGUUUCACCUGUUUCUACCUAUUCUGUUUCGCUACCACCUGGGCUCCAAUUCCAUUCGUUGUUAACUCUGAAACUUUCCCAUUGAGAGUCAAGUCUAAGUGUAUGAGUAUUACUCAAGGUUGUAACUGGCUAUGGGGUUUCCUAAUUGGUUUCUUCACUCCAUUUAUCACUGGUGCUAUCGAUUUCUACUACGGUUACGUCUUUAUGGGUUGUUUGUGUUUCUCCUACUUCUACGUUUUCUUCUUUGUCCCAGAAACUAAGGGUUUAACUUUGGAAGAAGUUAACACUAUGUGGGAAGAAGGUGUCUUGCCAUGGAAGUCUGCUGAAUGGGUUCCUCCAUCUAGAAGAGGUGAAAACUACGAUGUAGCUGAAAUGGCUAAGGAUGACAAGCCACUAUUCAAGAGAAUGUUCGGUAGAAAGUAA